AUGAAUCCAAUCAUCCCAGGCUUCGCGCCGGACCCCUCCAUUGUUCUCGUCGGCGACACAUUCUUCCUCGUGAACUCUAGCUUCCACAUAUUUCCAGGCCUCCCCGUCUACGCAUCAAAAGAUCUGGUCUCGUGGAGACACAUAACAAACGCGUUCAAUCGCCGCGAACAGCUCAGCCUCCAGGCCUCUGACACCAAACAUAGCCCAGCUGGCGAUUCGGGAGAGGUCAUGUCAGCCACAGGCGGUCUUUAUGCGCCAACUAUACGCCAUCACGAUGGGGCCUUCUAUGUGAUUUGUACAAACGUGGUCCGGGGCACCGAAGAAGACAAGGGUGAUAGGACCCAGAACUUCAUCAUAACGACGACUGACAUUUACUCACAUAACUGGAGUGAUCCUGUCUUUUUCGAUUUCGAUGGAAUCGACACCAGUCUUGUCUGGGAUGAUCAAGGAAGGGCGUAUGUGCAUGGCUCUGCCGCCCCUGGCCCAAGGACAACCAUCAAGUUGUUCGAGAUUGAUGUCAAGUCUGGUGCAAAGCUCGGCAGCGAGACAUUGAUCUGGGAAGGUACCGGUGGUGACUGGCCAGAAGGUCCGCACAUCUAUCGAAAAGACGGCUGGUGGUACCUGGUCAUUUCCGAAGGUGGCACUUUUGAAGACCACAUGAUCACCGUCGCUCGAAGCAAACAUCUCUUCGGGCCGUAUAAACCCAAUUCCCACAAUCCAAUACUAACUGCACGAGGUACGGACGAAUACAUCCAGCAUACGGGACACUGCGAUCUAUUCUGCGAUAAGCAAGGCCAGUGGUGGUGUGUCUGUCUCGCAGUGCGAAAGGGCCCGGAAAGGAGAUUUAUCCUGGGCCGUGAAACGUUUAUUACUCCAGGUGCAUGGGCCGAGGGUGAAUGGCCGACUUUGGAGCCAGUCAAGAUGGAUCCGGAGGCCGUAUACGGUCGCAAAGUGGGCAAGCCAAGUGCCCUGAGCUCCGAGCCACUCGUGGACUUUUGUUAUAUUCGAGACGUGGAUCUCGCCAGACAUAAUAUCUCGUCUGAUGGGAAGACUAUCCAGCUAACAUCCAGCGACGCCGACCUUUCUGACGCCCGCGGCCAAGUAUCCUUUGUGGGCAAGCGACAGAGGAUGCUCGCUGGACAGUCUUCCGCGACGCUCCUCGCACAGCCUGGCGGCUCCAGCGGCAAAACCGGUCUUGCAGUGUACAAGGACGAGUUCCGCUAUGCUCGGACCUACCUCGACCUGGAGACGGGCGAAAUGGUUCUUGAAGUCGUGAACACGCCAAAACAAAUCUGUCGCCGAACUCGAAAGUCGUGCUCCGCAGACGUAGCAGAUAAGGACAUCGAGCUGCGGCUGGAGUACCAGGAAGACUCGUAUAGAUUCUCAUUCAGCACGGCCGGCGACGAUGACAGGAUCAAAUUCGACGCCUUGGACACGAUGGACCUGGUCGGUCUGGACUUUACGGGGCCGAUUGUGGGAGUCUUCUUGACGUCGUCGCAGGAUGGGUGCCGCGUGACCUUUUGCGAUCUGCAAGUCAAUUGA